AUUCUUCUUCUUUGUGGAUUGGCAUUAUCAGAUCUGGCUGUUGGCGCAAUUGUACAACCUUUCUUUGUCGCAAACGAGUUGGUAGAUUUGUACGUCCGAUCUCAGGGAUUUCAAGAUACAUUUCGCCGUUCUUACAACACAGUUGCUUUCUGUUUGUGUGGAGUGUCGCUAUGUACUAUUGCUUGUGUUAGCAUUGAUAGACUCAUCGCUAUUCAAACACCCUUACGAUACUCAAGCAUUGUUACGACGCACAGAAUAAGCCGCACAUUAGUAGCAAUUUGGACAAUUUGCUUAUUUGUGGCAAGUUCGCAGUUCUGGGAAGAAAGACUACUAACUGUUGCAGUUGCGAUAGUGGUAUGCAUUUCUUUGAGUGUCUCCACUAUUUCUCAUGUUAGAAUGUAUAAAAUCGUUCGUCGCCAUCGAAUCGAGAUUGAUCUCCAGCAGCAAACAGUCGAAAACAAUGUCUCUACAAUUAGCCUUCAUAAAUCUGCAUUUAACGCUUUCAUAGUUUUUACAGUACUUUUUGUCUGUUAUUUUCCCUACAUGGUUGUGUACGUUGUGUCUUCCGUUUCUGACAUGGAAAAUGUAACUGUCGCAAGAUCGUUGUCUUCAACAGUGGUGUUUGCUAACUCCGCCUUGAACCCAAUCGUGUAUUGUUGGCGGCUACGCGAGAUAAGACAAGCCGUUCUCCGACUUUUGAGGAACUAUGUAAAGUGAUUUAAAGGCUCUUUGUAUUAACAACAAUAACUACGAAAACUAGUGCUUGUUAGCACUUAAUUAAACGGCACCAAGUCAAAAAUAGGGGCAUUCUAGAAACGAUUAAACAACAGCAUUUUAAGCCCAAGAAAUAGCUGAAAAAAAAAAAAAAAAAACAAGAGAACAGGUGCGCAAAAUGUCGUUUGGACAUCUGAUUCUUCUUAAGAUAUUCAAGGGAAGAACCGCAAGCGUAAUAUAAGUAUAUUGAGGUUAUAUUUGGCCUUCCUCGUUUUGUUCCUUUUUGGUAUCUGUAUGUCAUAAGGCAUCCUCGGAGACUCAGGUGCAGUUAGUCGGGUCGAUAAAAUGUUCGUGGUGAAAGUUUACUGGAAGAUCGAGACGAGCCCCGGCUCGUCUUGAUUCACCACGAACAUUUUAUCGACCCGACUAACUGCCCCUGGGUCUCCGAGGAUGGCCAUAAGGAGGAUCGAAAGAAAAUGACCAGGGAACAAAGAGAGACAAUAACAUCCCCACCCCCCCGCCCGGUUCACAUCACCCCGCAUCAUAUUUUCUGCGGUUCUAACUUGCUAUAACGGACAGGUGUUACCAAACGUGUCUUCUAACAACAGCUCUCUGAAUGCACUAUCCUUGGAAGAACAGAAAAUUUGGAUUUUUCUUGUUUGAGGACAAUUCUAAAAAGAACAUCAGAUUUUAUGGAGCGUGAUUUUAGUCUUUCUAGCGUACACGCGGUAUUAAUACUACACCCCUCUUUAUGCGCGUUAUAUAUGCCGUUCCAGAAAGUCUACUAGAAAGACUAAUCUUGGGUGUUCCUAGUUUUAGCCAAAAUAACAGAUGAAUCGAAGUUGCUUGCCCAUACUACUCUCUCAGCUGCUUCCUUGGACAGUCUUUGCCUAGUUCCCAGGUCAUUAUUCCGCACUGCCUAUGCGUUUCAGGUCACGUGGUCCGAGCGAAUUUGUGAAAUUAUUUGACCGAGAAAGCCUGGAAAGACGCCUUCCAGGCGAGUACUGUCCGAGAAUCAUAAAAAAUUCAGUUGUUUAUUUAACACUGGAAGUGGAUUCAAAAGUUAGGGCGACAGCUGUCUUCUUCGUUUUCUACUGAAUGUUUUAAAAAGCUUUUUAUCUGGAAACAGUAGAACGUUCUCCAGUUCAUAAAAAACCACGCAAGCGCAUUGAGACAAACUGUCAAACCAAUCACAUCAUCCGGAAGAGGUAAAAGAGACAAAUUACUCACAGAACUUGAAGCAUAAGAAACUGUGUUAAAGUUUGACUUACCCAGAACAAUUUUAAAGAGAAGCUAUGAAAGAUGAUGUUGAACGAGUUAUUCUGUUAACAAAUGUUGCCGUGAACAUCCCUCUGGCUUUGACCUCUGUCAUUGGGAAUUCUAUGGUUCUACACGCAAUACGGAAAACGCCAUCUCUUCGAUCGCCACUAACUUUUCUUAUCUGUGGAUUGGCUUUAUCAGAUCUCGCUGUUGGUACACUUGUACAACCUUUCUUUAUAGCAGAUAUUUUGUACUCGUACUAUCCAGGAAAAAGUUCAACAACAAAACAGGUAACAGAGCUUGGAGCAAAAAGAACUGUUGAAAAGCUUGACUCAACCAUAAGAAUAAUUUCAAAGUGAGACUAUGAGGGAUGAUAUUGAACAAGUCGUUCUGUUAACAAAUGUUGCUGUUAAUGUUCCUCUUGCUUUAGCUUCUGUAAGUGGGAACUGUUUGGUGCUACGUGCAGUAAGAAAAAUGCCAUCUCUUCGCUCGCCGUUCACUUUUCUUCUUUGUGGAUUGGCAUUAUCAGAUCUGGCUGUUGGCGCUAUUGUACAACCUUUCUUUGUCGCAAACGAGUUGGUAGAUUUGUACGUCCGAUCUCAGGGAUUUCAAGAUACAUUUCGCCGUUCUUACAACACAGUUGCUUUCUGUUUGUGUGGAGUGUCGCUAUGUACUAUUGCUUGUGUUAGCAUUGAUAGACUCAUCGCUAUUCAAACACCCUUACGAUACUCAAGCAUUGUUACGACGCACAGAAUAAGCCGCACAUUAGUAGCAAUUUGGACAAUUUGCUUAUUUGUGGCAAGUUCGCAGUUAUGGGAAGAAAGACUACUAACUGUUGCAGUUGCGAUAGUGAUAUGCAUUUCUUUGAGUGUCUCCACUAUUUCUCAUGUUAGAAUGUACAAAAUCGUUCGUCGCCAUCGAAUCGAGAUUGAUCUCCAGCAGCAAACAGUCGAAAACAAUGUCUCUAUAAUUAGCCUUCAUAAAUCUGCAUUUAACGCUUUCAUAGUUUUUACAGUGCUUUUUGUCUGUUACUUUCCCUACAUGGUUGUGUACGUUGUGUCUUCCGUUUCUGACAUGGACAAUGUGACUGUCGCAACAUCGUUGUCUUCAACAGUGGUGUUUGCUAACUCCGCCUUGAACCCAAUCGUGUAUUGUUGGCGGCUACGCGAGAUAAGACAAGCCGUUCUCCGACUUUUGAGGAACUAUGUAAAGUGA